UCUGCUUUUUCAUUUUUUAUUUGGUGGGGUGGGUAAGGGUGGGGGUACCCUUUUUAUAUCCAGCAUUGCAAUCAUGCAUUUUCCUUACAGAGCCAAGAAUUCAUUCUUCUCUUCUCUCACACAGACGAAAGACACUAAUAAUCACUAUAAUCAUUGGAGUUUCUAUAAUAAAAUGAAAGCAAGAUUCUUGUGUUUUCUUGUUUUCUUGUUGCAUAUAUUGAGUUUAGUUUGUGUAUCAAGCAGGCCUUUUCUUACUGCAAAUGAUGGGCAUGCUCUCGUUAACCAAGCAGAUACAGACAGAAGUACCCAGUCUGCAUUGCAGAUUACUCCCAGCACAAAUGAGGCCAAUUACAAGAGCAAGAGUCGAGAAAUGGAAGAAGGUGAAUACAAGGAAAACAGCAAGAUGGGAUCAAGGCCACCAAGCUGUGAACACAAGUGUUAUGGGUGCAUACCAUGUGAAGCCAUUCAAGUGCCCACUUCAAACGCACUCCAAUACACUAAUUAUCUGCCUGAAGGUUGGAAAUGCAAAUGUGGACAUACCUUCUACACUCCUUAGCAUACUCAAAUCUUCAAUAUGUCAACAAAUUUUCCCUAGUUAUGUGAAGAUUAUGUGGUUCACUUGUUAGGAAAAUGCAUCUGCUUAUUGAGCAAUAUAAUCACAUUAUGAUAAACAUGCAUUUCCUUUGC